AUGGUUUUAGGGGACUUUAACUCAGUCCUCAAAGCAGGAGACAGAAUAGGAGGAAACCCUGUGACCCGGGCAGAAGUGAAGGAUUUCCACAGCUGUGUAGAAGAAUGUGGCUUAUUGGAGGUACCAGCACAAGGCAAUAGGUACACUUGGAAAGACAAACAUGAAGAACAAAGGAUAUUCUCAAAGAUUGAUUGGGUGUUCACUAAUGGGGAAUGGCUAGAUGUAAUGCCAGCAUGUAGGGCCAUAUUUCUUCCAGAAGGAAUUAGUGAUUACCGUCCUGCAAAAGUGUCACUGAUAGAGGAAAGAAGGAACUUCAAAAAAUCAUUUCAAUUCUGUAACAUGUGGGCUCAACAUCCACAAUUUAAUGCUAUAGUACAAGAAGGAUGGACUGACUGA